UCAAGAGCUACAGACCAUUGUACCUCUUUACCUGGUCCAUUUAUUGAAAAAACAGUGCCGUGUUCCCGGUAUGCGCGCGCUUAUUCGCCUGAUUACGUGAUUUUUAUCCGCAGUAAAGGAUUUACCAGUGCAAAAUUGAGGAAUCACCUUUAGCGAAAGAAAAUAUUGAUGCAAGGAAAACGUCCCGUGUAAAAAUGUAGAAAUUUUUGAAAUGAAAUUCUGGCUGGGAAAGGGAGAAUACUCGCAUAUGACUCAUGGAAUAAAUAUGAAACACGGGAUUAAGAACAUGUGAACCGAGCGUAUGUAUUUUAACCCGUGCUGAGUUGUCAGCAUCGCGUAUAUUACCCGUUGGCUACUUAGAAACUGAUGCUAGGGGUGAAGAGUUCUUGACAGAAAGAAUUCGCCAGCAGUGAAGGAAUCUGAGACCCGUUAGAAGCUCAACACGUGAAGAAGAUCUUCUAAUCCUCCAGAGCUGUGGAAUUAUUUCCGUACAUAAAGAGAAUUACGCAUUUCCCCGUGGUAUGAAACAUGGUUUGAAACAGCUUCGUAACACUGGAAUCGGUAUCAAAGGCAUCUGAAGCAAUCAGGUUGCACCAACUCCAAAUUAGUGAUACGAACUUUCACUAGGGAGAACACAGGUAAAAUGCUCUCGUGAUGGUGUUGUUAGCCCACGGUACGAGAACUUACAAACAGGUAAGUACUUAGCAUAACAAAAGAUACCACCCGAAAACAAUAUGAAAGGCUCUCUCUUCAUAGAUUCUAUAUAACCUUUCAAUGAAUAUUUAACGGACCCAAGAAUAGGCCACUCUCACAACAAAAACAUUAGAUGACAAGGCAUAACAGUUCAUGUAUGAAAUAUGCUUGCUUGCUUGUCAUCUCAAUUGUGGUAAAAUUAGAAAUUCCCGUAACAAAGUUUCUUGCUCAAAUACUAGUCUUAAGGGCUUUCCUGUAGCUGUACCAAUGAAAAACUAUUCCAUAUUUAAAACUUUAUUGUAACCGAAAGCAGAAGGAAGCAAACUGAUCAUAUUUUUAUUUUUUUAGUUUGAAACAUAUUUCUAUAUUGCCUUAAAUGCUCUCAGAUAUAUACUUUGCAACGCUAGUUAAAUCCACGUUUAAUGUUUUAAUAAUGUGUGGAGAAUUUGGACAUUCAUCCAUGAAAGAUUGCUGACUUGUUGACUAGUCGUUGUUUUACGGAGGUUAUUGACCCGACAUGCUCAGAUUGUUGAAUAUCUUGUCUCAUCCGUGGUUGCAAUUCAUUGGUUGCUGUGAUAUAAACAGGUCCACAUCCUUCAUUCUUAGUUCAAGGCUAACGAUAAGUGAUAUCAUAAAUCACAUUUUAAGUUAGCGGAUAUCUGACCCUGCAAACUGGGAACCAUGAAAGUUGUCAUAGUUGCAUUGAUACUGUGCUGUGCCGUCAUCAAUGCGUAUGGGCGCCCAAUUGAACAACUGGACGAGAAACGCGUUUACAAACGAAAUAAUCCAGAGAAAGAUUCAAUACUGGUCAUGAGAGCGCAUGUAGGCAUUCACUCCAGUGAGGGAAGUGACGAAAGUUUAGUUAAAGAACCAGAGGAGGAAGAAGAAGAAGAUGAGGAAGAGUCACCCAGCGGAGACGAAGGGUCCUCUAACGAGGAACAUCAAUCAGAAAACGAUGAAACAAUCGAUGAUGCUGCGGACUCAAACAAUGAUCAUCACGAGAACGAACACGAUGAUGAAGACGAUAAUGAUGAUGACGACGACGACGACGACGACGACGAUGAAGAUGAGGAUUGAUUUGCUUUAUUACGUCACAGGUUCUUUAGAUGAACGUAGGGAAUGGAUAGUUGGAACAGAAUCAUAGUUGGAUCAAGUCAUUGUUUUUGUAAUCACGUUCAGAAAAAGGUGUAAUUACAGGCUAAUUAAACUUGAGCGUUGUAUGUUGCA